AUGAGUUAUCACAAGGCAUGGGUCCUGCAGAGCUCUAGCAACAGAGGCCAAAAUGGCAGAUAUCUGGAAGAAGAUACUGCAGGAAUCAUAGACUCAGAUGAAUACACUCCGCAGCCUGGACUCUCUGGGUCGAUCCAGGCCCACAGCCAGACAGCAGAGGACUCAGACUCAGAAUACUUAUCCUGUGCCUCUUUUGAAGACAAGCUCGAUCACAAUGGAAUCAUAGAAUCAGAUGAAAACACUCCACAGCCUGGACCCUCUGGGUUGACCCAGGCCCACAGCCAGACAGCAGAGGACUCAGACUCAAAAUACUUAUCCUCUGCCUCUUUUGAAGACAAGCUUGAUCACAAUGAGGCUUGUCUCUGCCUUGUCCUGUGCCUCUUGGAAGGGAGCCAGGCCAGGUCUUUGCUCCUCAUGCCAGCUGGAUGUGUGGAAUCUGGUGAAAAUGUAAUGAAUACAACUUAUUGCAACAAUAUUUUAUCCAGAAAAAAUCUUAAAAAGCCCAUUGCUCAUCUUCCAUGUCCUGGAAAAGUGACACUUGCUGUUCACUGCUGUCCAGUCUACUUUGAAUUGAGGCCAGUGGUGGAAACAGCCAUGCUGGAGCUGGUGAGGCUGCCCUACCACCUGAUAUUUGCAGUGGCUUCAGAGGACUCUUUGCUUCUAUAUGACACGCAGCAGCCUUAUUCACGCAGCAGUAAUAUUUCAUGCUCCAAUGACGGGGCCUUCCUGGCUAUUUCAUCCAAGGAUGGCUAUUGUUCAUUUGUGAACAUUUGAGAAGAUGAACUUGGAAUUCCUUUGAAAGAGAAGCCAGUUUUGAGCAUGAGAACCCCUGAGACAGCAAAGAGAACCAAGACUCAGAUGCACCAAGGGUCUUCGCUGGGAUCCAGACAAGUAGAGGGAACCCCCACCAGCAGAAUCCAAGACCCCAGCAGUCCCUGCACAACCCUUCCUCAGGCCAGACAAUUUCCAGCUCUAGCAACAAUCAAGGACACUCCCUCAAUUACUUGGUGUCAAAAACUUCUUGACCCCAAGGAGGAGAAGACCCUGCAGCCUACUAGUCAAAACACGAAAGCCCACCCAUUCUGCUGGGUUACUCUGAACACAUUGCAAGCCUGGAGCAAGACAACACCCCAGAGAAUAAAUGUAAUACCCUUAAAGACAGAUACUUCACAAAAUUCUGUACCACUCAGCAUAAUUGCCAUCCCCUCAACUGAAGAAAUUCAGUCAGAGAUGUCUGGAGACCCUCAGGGUAGUCCUCCAGAGCAGAAACAGCCCAGUUUUGGUGAAAACAAUGGAAGCACCCAAAGUCUAGACCCUUGA